UUAUUUGAAAACUCACCUUCAGCCUUUUCUUCAUUGACAUUUGACAGUCACAUCCUCACACAACACAAAACGCAAUAUCUGCUCUCAAAUCAACACCGAUCUCCGCCGAUGGCGCCGCCCAUCGCAGCCUACCUCGCGGUCUUUUUUGCUUUGACCACCGCCGUCUACGCUGCAGCAUCAUCCAGCGGAUACCACAACCACACGGUGGGCGGCGCAUCCGGAUGGUUGUUCAACUCCACCACGAGCACAGCCGCCACCAACUACUCCUCUUGGGCUUCAACUCAAACAUUCAACCUCGGCGAUUUUCUCAUUUUCAAAACGAACACGAAUCAAACGGUGGUUCAGACCUACAACGAGACCUCUUACCUGAGCUGCAACGCCGACGACUUCGACAACGGCACCUUCGUAUACGAUAGCGGAAGCAGUAGUUUCAGCCAGGCGUUGACCAUUUCCGUUCCGUUGACCGUCGUCGGACGCAACUAUUUCUUCUCCGACGCCGCCGACGGCCUCCAGUGCCAUCGCGGCCUCGCCUUCGAGAUCAAUGUCAACCGCGGCCAAGGCCUGCCACCCAGCCUCAACCAACCGCCGCCGCCGCCCUACAUCGAGCCGCCGGGUCCUGACGCCGCCGAACAGUCUCCACCGUCCACGGUGACGCUGGCCCCUACUGGAGGCGCGUCACCUCUGCGCGUUAAUGCGCUCGUGGCUGUUUGUGGCUUCGCAGCGGAGAUCUUGAUACUGUUACGGUGAGGAGUAGUUGGAUUACGGUGGGUGCGCAGCAUUUUAUCACUUUUCUUUUCUUUUAUUUAGUUUCUAAAUUUUACACUGUUUCUAGUUACUAUACGGACAUUCUGGAUUUUCAUUCACUGCCUUAGUUAAAGGUUUAGAUUGCAACGGUGAACAACCACUCAACUUCAUUGCAAGCUCUACACCAAAUUAUCAACCAUUACCGCUAAAUAAUGUAAUUACAUUCUGCCAUUUCUAUCAUAGAUUCAAACUAUCCAUGGUGGUUGAAGCUUGUGUUUAGCUUUCCGCGGGAACCAAACAAAACCAAAUUUGAAGCAUUGUGUGCUGCACCAUACAUUGGAUAAUAUGUAUUACAAUCCAUUUAGGAAACCAAUUUUCGUUGUUUUUCUUUUUA